CCAACCAACCAACCAACCUUUACAUAAUUCUGUCAAAUGCUUCAAAGUGACAUUGCCAAAAUAAUGUCAUUGUUUUCUCUCACCCUUGUGUCAACCCUCUUUCUGGUGGGUAGUGUGGGUGGAAAACCUAAUGGCUUAACCCUAUGGCUCAUUCACCGGGAUUCCCCCGACUCACCUUUCUUCCAAAGUAGCCUUACCUGCAAAAAAGAGAAAACUGGGAAAUUCGUCAGUCAAUCCAAUCAUCGCGCUAGUUAUUUGUCUAAUGUGUCAUCAAAUUCAGUACACCCUCAAAUUGUUCGUCCACAAGUUGAUAUUCAAUCAUUCAGUUACAUAGUUAAAGUUGGCAUCGGCACAUUCAAGGCCACGCCAACGUACAAAGAAUACUACCUGGAAAUGGAUACUGGUAGCACCCUAUCAUGGAUGCAGUGUGAAGGUUGUACAAGGUGCUUCAAACAGACACCGGGCCCUUUCCCUAAGAACAGCUCCAAAUCUUUUCGCCCUAUUCUCUGUGAAGACGGGCUUUGCAGACCAAAAAUAUGUGAUGGGAAGUACUGUUCCUACUCUGUAAGGUACCUGGAUGGAAGCUACACAUAUGGCAUUCUUGCAAAAGAAACUUUCUGUUUUAAUUCUAAUACUUCUAAGAUUGAAAAGGUCGAGAGCUUGAUCUUUGGUUGCGGUAAGAAGAACAACAUAAGGUUUCUCGAUCAAAAUACUAAUAAGGUUGCGGGAAUAAUUGGUCUGGGAUGGGGUCAAUUCUCGUUUGUGACUCAAAUUCACUCUGUAAGUGAUGGGAGAUUUUCAUACUGCUUUCCAGUAAUUAACCAAUACACUCGUCGUCCAAGACAAAGGAUACCGAUGACAUACCUAAGGUUCGGUGCAGAUAUACCCCAGAAACGAGGUCUAUCGAGCACAACAUUGAAACGAAUUGAAAACCAAUCACAAUACCACCUAGAUUUGAGAGGCAUUAGCCUCAACAGGCGAAAACUUAAUAUAGAUGCAGCAGUGUUUGCUUUGAGAAGAACUGGCCAUAGAGGGGGAUGCAUAAUAGACAACAGUGGCACGAUAUAUACACGAAUUAUCAAGCCAGCCUAUGUUAUACUAAGAAGAGAACUGGAAAAACACUUUUCAAGAUUUAGUAACUUGAGGAGGUUCCGGGGUAAUAGUCAACUGGGGGUGAAUUUCUGCUACGAAAGACAGAAGCCAGAAGGUUUUGAAAACCUUCCAUCAAUCACUUUCCAUUUCAAAGGAUUGAAUGCCGAUCUUGUUGUCCAGUCUGAGGGAUGCUUCGAAGUUGUGGAUAAGUAUCAUUCACCAAACAAUCGGGAAUAUUUUUGUUUGGCUAUGGCUCCAAGUGAUGUCAACAGCGUAAUUGGAGCGCACCAACAGACAAACCAGAGAUUCAUUUAUGAUAUGAAAAAUAACCGACUGUUCUUCCACCCAGAGGUUUGUUCUAAAAAUGCAUGA